UGUAGAGUCAUGUGACCCGAGUAACAUGGCCGCUGUCCCGUGAGUACCGCUGGUGCCCGGCGAGAGUUGUUAGGCGGCCCGGGUCAGGUGUGCUGGAGCGGGGUCCGGGCCCGGGUUCCAGGGCGAGGCGGCGGAGCGUGGCAGGCAAGCCCGGAGCGGCGUGGUCCAUGCGCCGGCGCCGGGGGCAGAGCGGAGCCGCAGACUCCCCUGGCCCCGGCGCGACCGGGCAGCCGCGGGCUAAGGAGUCGCAAGGCUCCCCGAGCUGCCACCAUGAACCCCGAGAAGGAUUUCGCGCCGCUCACGCCUAACAUCGUGCGCGCCCUCAAUGACAAGCUGUACGAAAAGCGGAAGGUGGCAGCGCUGGAGAUCGAGAAGCUGGUCCGGGAGUUCGUGGCCCAGAACAAUACCGUGCAAAUCAAGCAUGUGAUCCAGACCCUGUCCCAGGAGUUUGCCCUGUCUCAGCACCCCCACAGCCGGAAAGGGGGCCUCAUCGGCCUGGCCGCCUGCUCCAUCGCACUGGGCAAGGACUCAGGACUCUACCUGAAGGAGCUGAUCGAGCCAGUGCUGACCUGCUUCAAUGAUGCAGACAGCAGACUGCGCUACUAUGCCUGCGAGGCCCUCUACAACAUCGUCAAGGUGGCCCGGGGCGCCGUGCUGCCUCACUUCAACGUUCUCUUUGAUGGGCUGAGCAAGCUGGCAGCUGACCCAGACCCCAAUGUGAAAAGUGGAUCUGAGCUCCUAGACCGCCUUUUAAAGGACAUUGUGACUGAGAGCAACAAGUUUGACCUGGUGAGCUUCAUCCCCUUGUUGCGAGAGCGGAUUUACUCCAACAACCAGUAUGCCCGGCAGUUCAUCAUCUCCUGGAUCCUGGUUCUGGAGUCGGUGCCAGACAUUAACCUGCUGGAUUACCUGCCGGAGAUCCUAGAUGGACUCUUCCAGAUCCUGGGCGACAAUGGCAAAGAGAUUCGCAAAAUGUGUGAGGUUGUUCUUGGAGAAUUCUUAAAAGAAAUUAAGAAGAACCCCUCCAGUGUGAAGUUUGCUGAGAUGGCCAACAUCCUGGUGAUCCACUGCCAGACCACGGAUGACCUCAUCCAGCUGACAGCCAUGUGCUGGAUGCGGGAGUUCGUCCAGCUGGCGGGCCGCGUCAUGCUGCCCUACUCCUCUGGGAUCCUGACUGCUGUCUUGCCCUGCCUGGCCUACGAUGACCGCAAGAAAAGCAUCAAAGAGGUGGCCAACGUGUGCAACCAGAGCCUGAUGAAGCUGGUCACCCCCGAGGACGACGAGCCGGAUGAGCCAAGGCCCGGGCAGAGGCAGGCAGACCCCGCCCCUGACGAUGCCCUGCCAAAGCAGGAGGGCACAGCCAGUGGAGGUCCAGAUGGUUCCUGUGACUCCAGCUUCAGUAGCGGCAUCAGUGUCUUCACUGCAGCCAGCACUGAAAGAGCCCCAGUGACCCUUCACCUCGACGGGAUCGUGCAGGUCCUGAACUGCCACCUCAGUGACACGGCCAUUGGGAUGAUGACCAGGAUUGCAGUUCUCAAGUGGCUGUACCACCUCUACAUCAAAACUCCUCGGAAGAUGUUCCGGCACACGGACAGCCUCUUUCCCAUCCUACUGCAGACGUUAUCGGAUGAAUCGGAUGAGGUGAUCCUGAAGGACCUGGAAGUGCUGGCAGAAAUCGCUUCCUCCCCUGCAGGCCAGACGGAUGACCCAGGCCCCCUCGAUGGCCCUGACCUCCGGACCAGCCACUCAGAGCUCCAGGUGCCUACCCCCGGCAGAGCCGGCCUACUGAACACCUCCGGUACCAAAGGCUUAGAAUGUUCUCCUUCCACUCCCACCAUGAAUUCCUACUUUUAUAAGUUCAUGAUCAACCUUCUCAAGAGAUUCAGCAGCGAACGGAAGCUCCUGGAGGUCAGAGGCCCUUUCAUCAUCAGGCAGCUGUGCCUCCUGUUGAACGCGGAGAACAUCUUCCACUCGAUGGCAGACAUCCUGCUGCGGGAGGAGGACCUCAAGUUCGCCUCGACCAUGGUCCACGCCCUCAACACCAUCCUGCUGACCUCCACGGAGCUCUUCCAGCUAAGGAACCAGCUGAAGGACCUGAAGACCCUGGAGAGCCAGAACCUGUUCUGCUGCCUGUACCGCUCCUGGUGCCACAACCCAGUCACCACGGUGUCCCUCUGCUUCCUCACCCAGAACUACCGGCAUGCCUAUGACCUCAUCCAGAAGUUUGGGGACCUGGAGGUCACCGUGGACUUCCUUGCAGAGGUGGACAAGCUGGUGCAGCUGAUCGAGUGUCCCAUCUUCACGUAUCUGCGCCUGCAGCUGCUGGACGUGAAGAACAACCCCUACCUGAUCAAGGCCCUCUACGGCCUGCUCAUGCUCCUGCCGCAGAGCAGCGCCUUCCAGCUGCUCUCACACCGGCUCCAGUGUGUGCCCAACCCCGAGCUGCUGCAGACCGAGUCGCCAUGGAAACCAGCAGAGCCACUGAGAAGAUUUACGCUGAAUGGAGUGCGCCCAGCUUGCAUCAGAUGCCCUGUGUGUCUAGAAUUCCCUCCCAAGCUGUUAGAGCCACUCAGCAGGCCUGGCGCCUUGCUCCAGCAAAGGGUCUCGGGUGCUUGCCCUUGCGAUGGACACAGGCAGCCUUGAGACAGGCCUGCCCGGAGCCUCUGUGCGCUCCACACUGCUGGCUUUGGCUCCCACUGUCCCUCCCACCCAGACUGGCCCUCCGGUGACUGAGUGUGGUGCACCUGAUAGGCUGUCUGCCCCAGACCAGCUGGAGAGGCUGAACCCCCAGAGAGUACGGCCCCCACCAAGACAGGCUCCUGCCUUCCCUGCCCCGUUUCCCCAGAAGGCAGUGCCCUGCAGUGGCAGGACUAGGCCUUGAGCUGGCUGCCACCCCAGCUGCUCGGGGUGCCACCAGGUGGUCCCCAGGAGACAGUACCUGACGCAGCGUCCCCAGGGGAGCGGGGUCAGCCACGGAGGGGGGCGCGCAUGUGGGUUCCUGGGGCUGGAGUCCUGUCAGCUCCCAAGAGACUCCAAGAGUGGCCCAGAAUCCACACCGGGCCUCGCUGGCCCAGCCUUUGCCUUGUCCCUUCCAACGCCCCAUAGUGUUAGGGUCACCCUGGCAGGCACCCGGGAGGGGAAGGUGCAGCCAGAAGCAGGGAGAAGGCAGGAACGGCUGCUUCCCUGUGACCUCCAGUCUCCCUGUGGGAACCAGCCUGCCUUCCUGGGAGGCCUCCUGGCCAGGGAGCCAGCCCCGCCUCUCCCAGGGCUCUGCAUGCUGAUCUCGUCUUGGGAGGGGAGUGGAGGCUCAGAGCAAUCAUACUCCUCAAACCAGGGUAGAACAAGUUUGCAGAGGGAAGCUGGGAAAAUUAGGCUUUCCUCAGAAUCUCCCACGGUCAGGGAAGUCCUGAGCCAAGGGGUUGAGGCGUCUGGGUAGAAGAUUCUGAGGGUCAGUGCAUGGUUUGCAGGCCUAGAGUAGGAUCUGGUGUGAGCUCUGCCAUGGAUUUGCUGUGUGACCUCCAGCAAGCCCAGUGCCCUCUCUGGGCUCUUGGUUACUUGGUCAGUAAAUGCACAUUUGGACUAAAUGGGUGUGUGAGGCACCCCCUAGCCUUCAGUGUCCUGGGUCCCCAGCCUUUCUUUGUAAGGACCUAGGAAGAGAUACCGUACAUAGGGGCACAGGAGCAGUGGGCGCGCCAAGGGCCUUCUGAACAGCUGGGGAAGGGGUCAGAUUGCAGGGUGGGGCCCGGAAGACAGCUCUCACCCUGGGAAGGGAGCUGCGGCCAGUCCCAGCCCUGGGAGGGGCAGACAGCUGGCAGACAGGGUCGAGUUGCAGGGCAGGCCUCAGAGCCGGGAACAGCUGGGGGAGUUUGUACACUCCUCGCCCUUCCCUGGUUCUGUGUGCUCCAGGCGCCAUCAGGGCCCUGGGGACCACAGCUCCCCCACCCGCUGGCUUCUGGGCCACUCCCCAGGGACUGUCUCCUCAGUGAGGCAGGAGGGAACCUCUAAGAAAAAGCUGGUGACAGGUGCAUGGGUGGGAGGGCAGGAGUGAGAGCCAGCCCUGAGUCCUAGACUCGCCGCACUGUGCUGCAGGCUGGCUGGCCUCAGCCUCGGUGUCCGAGGAUGGUUAUGAACCUACAGAGGACGUGCAGGGCCUGAGAAUGGCCAUCCGCGUUAGGUGGGGCAGGGAGAACAGGCCUGGCCUGUGUGCUCAGCAGCCCAGGCAGUGUCUCCCACUCUUGGGGACACAGCCCACCCUGCUCCCAAGACCUCAGGCCAGGAGGGGUCUGCCCAUCACAGGGAGCAGGACUUCUUGCCACCCUAAGGGCCCAGGGAGCAGAUGUGGCCACCCUUCCCACCCCCACCACCCCCGCCACACCGAUGCCCAUCUCCCCAAGUUUGCCAUCCAGUGCUGAAAGCAUCUCUCUAGAGCCCCUAAGCUUCCCUAACCCAAGGCCUUGGCUUGCCAGGAGUGUCAUGGGGAGCAACGCGCAGACCCAUGGGUGCCCAGCAUCAGAAGACACACUUUAGGGUCACACCUGCCUAAGUGGGUUAGAGGAGCAUCUGGCUACACCCUGGACUUAGGGUUGCAAAAGCUCCGGGGUGUCCCUUGGCCUCCUCAGAAGUCCAGGCUGCUCUCUUGGAGCAGUGGCACCUGGGCGCCAGAGUUACUGUGCCUGGGAGGUCCCUUCCCAGGAGCAACCACAGCCUAGAACACUGCCCACAGCCUGGCCCUCUAGAAUGGGCCCCACCCGGCUACUUUUGAUCUUUGUUGAACUAACGUCUGCUGAGCCCCGCUAGGGAGGCAGGAGCGCCAGGCCCAGAAAAGCAGCAGCCACAGCCGUAGACACGUCCAAGAUGUUUUCUGGUGGUGCAUCUUCAGCAGGGAGGCGGGAAGGGAACAGGUGUGGGCAGGCAGAGCUGAGCAGGGGUGCAGGAGGCCGCCUCCAGGCCCCAGAUGGCAUCUCAACUGUGGGAAGAGUCCCCCUGCCCCGGUCCUGCCCAGCAGGCUGGUGGGCCAUCAGAGGCAACUGUCAGGCUCUGGCUGUCAGGCGGGACUGAACUCAUGGCCAAGAGUUCAUUUUGGGGGAGCUCCGUUGUGUGUCCCCCAAAAUGGCCUCCUUUAUUUCCACCCUCAAGCUGCUGGGCCCUGGCUGGCCUCACGUUGAAGGGGCAGAACUGUAGCCACAGUGGCACCUGCCAGGUACCUAAGCUGAGGCUGGACACCAGGCAAAGCUCUUACACAUCGUGUCAAAGCAUCUUGGCAGCCACCCCAGGGCGCUCCUUAGGUAGCCCUCGCUUUGCAGACGAGGAAACAGUCACAUGCCCAAGUCACACCUCUAGGAAGCGGUGGAGUUAUGGUUGGGUCCAGGUCUGUCUAGUUCCUGUGCUCUGCCACUGCCUGCACGCCACCCCCACCCCCCCACCCCACCAAUUGGCAUCUUUUCAUGAACUUGAAGGGCCCCAAGAUUCUCUGCUUAGCUGAGCAGCCCACAAUCUUCCUGAGACCCCGUUCCAGGGUCGCCAGGCCUCAGGGCCUGGAAACAGAUGCUGCCUAGCCCACACCCAUCUCCUCCAAACCAGUGAGGCCAAAGGGAGGGAGCAGAACGUUUCAUGAGACACUGCCGGAGGGUGAGUAGGAAUAGGACAGGAGCCCAAGGGGAUCUCAUCUCCAGGGGCAAGCUAAGCACUGGGCUUGACAAGGACAGCAAGGCUACCGAAUUGCACGAUUAUAGGGAGCAUCAUGCACACUAGCUGUGCAGUGCACAACCUGUGUUGCUGUACAGAGCAACUGGAGAGGGGGGCAGCAACAGGAAUGUCAGAGCUGAAGGCAUGUCCAAUGGUGAGACCGGCUUUCCUUCUCCCAGGGACAGUGAGUGACUGCAGGCCUCAGGGCCCCAACACUCAAAAACAAAUAUCCUGCCAAGUGGAGGGCCCAGCGGAGGCUCUUCAGCAGUUCCCGUUCUCCCCAGUCCUAGCCCUGCCUCAGAGAAAGGGCCAAGCUGCCACCUCCCCCUUCUCCCCCAACCCUGUUCCAGGCCCCAGCUGGCUUCCUGGCUGGCUGCUAGCCCUGGCUUUCACCCCAAAGGGAGCCACUCGUAAACAGGAAAUGCUUCCCAAUGCGAUGCCUGCUCUGGGCGCCAUCGCCAGCCCACAGGCCGAGGGCAAUAGCCAAGCAGCAGUGUUGGCUGUUCCCACCAACUGCGGAAGACGGGGAUGUUCAGGGGCUUCCCAGCUCUGGGGCUGGCUGUGAGGGAAGAGUUGCCAGGCCUGAGACGCCCAGAGGCUGAGACCACAGCCUGUGGCUCUGCCCCUGACCCCACUGCCCUCCAGCAGUAACCCCUCCAUGAGCCGAUCCCCUGACACUGAGCAUUUCUGCUCCCUCU